CCUCUCUCGGCAGGUAUAGUAAUGUUAUUGUUGUGUACGUGAGCUGUAAUGUGUAAGAUGGAGUAGACAGAUUUGACGUUCAAAUACACCAAAGUAACACUUUUACAAAGGAAAACGAAGUUUGCCGCAGAAGGAUUGAGGAUGAUGAGGUCCAGCAGACUAAUGAGCGUCUUUUCCAGAUGUCUCCAGAGAAGAUGCUUAAACGAUUCUCAACAUAGAAACAUCUCAACUCUCAACAAAUGUAAAAGCUUGAAGACGCAUCUGCCGGAUUUUAAAACAAACUCAAACUAUUUAUACAGGAGAACUUAUUAUGAGGCUGGUCACAUUUACUAUCGAGCAACACUCGGUUUUUGUAUAAGAAGCAGACAUCAUAGACCUCACUACUCAUCGAUAAGAUUUUGUUCUUCACAUAAUAGCUCAGACAAUCCUGAAUGGGACAGCCUUGGUACGUGGCAGGGUCGAAUCCAAGAGCCCAUUCUUCUUCAGCAAAGUAUCAAACAUGGGAUUCCAAUUCCAAAGAUUUCUAUCUCCAAUGUCGGCAAGGAGUCGCUGAUCGGACGCCGCAUGACGAACGAGGACCGCAUCAGUAUUCUAGAACUCGCACCAAAUCUUCUGUACUUUGGGAUAUUCGAUGGGCACGGGGGUGCUGUUGCAGCGGAUUAUGCUUGUUUGCACAUGGACAAGCAUAUCAACUACUGGCUAGCAAAGGAACAUGAUCUCCAGGUUGUGCUGACCCGAGCCUUUGAAGACCUGGAAAACCGGUUUGCAAGACACCUUCAUAUAGAACUAAAAGAUCCAGUCAUGGAAAACACAGGAACCACUGCGACAGUCGGUCUACUCCGUAAUGGAAACGAACUGGUCGUUGCCAGUGCUGGCGACAGUCGAGCGAUCCUGUGCCGUAAGGGGAAAGCCAUGAGACUCACACGCAAGCACGACCCCGAAGACGAAGCUGAACGAGAAAGAAUAGAAGCCUGCAAUGGAUUCAUUACGUGGAACCAGUAUGGCAGACCAUUGGUCAAUAGUGUCUUGACAAUGACCAGGAGUAUUGGUGACGAAUCAUUGAAGAGGUAUGGCGUCACGGCACAACCAGAGACAAAAUCAGUCGAGGUAAAACACAGCAAAGACAGUAUGUUAGUCAUGGUCACCGAUGGUAUCACGUCCGUAAUGACCGACCAGGAACUAUGCGACUCCAUUGGCCAAUGUCAUGACCCUCCAUCAGCUGCAAACUUUGUUGCUGAUCAAGCACUUCAGUUUGGUAGCGACGAUAACUCAAGUAUAAUUGUAGUUCCUUUUGGACGUUGGGGGAGCUACCCUGAUACUAACCACACCCACAAGCUAAGAUGGUUCGAAAGAUCCAAAUAUUAAGUAGGAUAUUUAUGCUGAAUUG